AUGAACCUACUCGGAGUCCUUGAGCUUGCAGGUGGCAGGGCCCCGGUGGGAAGCCAUCCUGGAGGAGUGGUCAGGGUGGGAGAGAAGCAGGGCCCUCCUGGACACACAGGGCCUGUGCUUGGGGAGGCUGCUGGGAGAGGCACGGUCUCACCCCUUUUCUCUCUGCGCCACGCCGCCGCACUCCACAGGAGGAAAACCGUCUACAGGAGCGUGUGCCUGGCCCUGGCCCUGCUUGUGGCUGUGACCGUGUUCCAGCGCAGCCUGACGCCCGGUCAGUUCCUGCAGGGCCCCCCACCACCCACCCCGGUGCCGCAGAAGCUGGGCGGACAGCUAGUGAACCCCAACACCUUCUGGAAGAGCCAAAAGGACGGGGUCACCCCCAUCCCCCGGGCCUCUCAGGGACCGCAGGUCUGGGAUGUAACCACCACUAACUGCUCGGCCAACGUCAACCUGACCCACCAGGCCUGGUUCCAGGGCCUGGAGCCACACUUCCGGCAGUUCCUGUCCUACCGCCACUGCCGCUACUUCCCCUGGGGCCGCGAGUGGGCGCCGGCGGGCGGCGGCCGGGGCGCUGUGCGCACCCUCUUCCUCCUGGGCACGGCCUCCAAGCUGGAGGAGCGCGCCCACUACCAGCAGCUGCUGGCCUACGAGGACCGCAUCUACGGCGACAUCCUGCAGUGGGACUUCCUCGACAGCUUCUUCAACCUGACCCUCAAGGAGAUCCACUUCCUCAAGUGGCUUGACAUCUACUGCCCCAAUGUCCCCUUCAUCUUCAAAGGGGACGACGACGUGUUCGUCAACCCCACUAACCUGCUGGAGUUUCUUGCCGACCGGCGGCCUCAGGAGAACCUGUUCGUGGGCGAUGUCCUGCAUCAUGCCCGGCCCAUCCGCCGCAAGGACAACAAGUACUAUAUCCCCGGGGCCCUGUACAGCAAGGCCAGCUACCCGCCCUACGCCGGUGGGGGCGGCUUCCUCAUGGCCGGCGGCCUGGCCCGGCGCCUGCGCCACGCCUGCGACACCCUGGAGCUGUACCCCAUCGACGAUGUCUUCCUGGGCAUGUGCUUGGAGGUGCUGGGCGUGCAGCCCACGGCCCACGAGGGCUUCAAGACGUUCGGCAUCUCUCGGAACCGCAACAGCCGCAUGAACAAGGAGCCCUGCUUCUUCCGCUCCAUGCUGGUGGUGCACAAGCUGCUGCCUGCCGAGCUGCUGGGCAUGUGGGAGCUGGUGCACAGCAACCUCACCUGCUCGCGCCGGCUGCAGGUGCUCUGAGCCCGCCGGCCGGGCGCCCGGGAGCUCCCGCGGUAUUAGGACUGAAGCGGCGCCGCCGGCCGGGGCUUUGGUCCUCGGCUGCAGGGAGCAGGAGGGCUGGGUCCCUGUGUGUCACUGGAUGUGGUAGGUGCCGUUCCCUGGGCGGGAGACACCCCAACACAGCUGGAGCUGCCUGGACUGGAAGCCGCCUGAGGAGCGAGGACGAUGCUGCUACUUACCUCCUCACCUGAGUCCAUUUCCUGGUGGCCUCUGACCCGGGGCCCUGGUGGCCUCUGACGGAAUCCCGUGCUCAGGUACCUGGGCUCGGCCUGGCCCUAUGGGGCUGUGGCUGUCCUCUUAUCUUCACAGGAAAAGCCUGCUGUGAUGUGCCUCAGUUUCCCCUGGGGCCAAGCAGCCCUCCAGAAGCUCAACCUUGUGCAGGCUCACAGGUCUUCCCGGGCCUUCUGGGAGAGGGAGCCAUGCCCCGAGGCCUGCCUGGAGGCGGCUGCUCAGUCUCUGCUCCCAGGAGGCCUCUCCACUGGCUGUGUCCUCGUAUCCGAAGCGCCACUGGCUGCCCUGUCUACCUCAGUGCCCCUCAGAACCUCGGUGCGGGCUGCAGCCCCCCCAGUCCCAGCACAGGCAAGGGAGCAGUGCUCCUGGCCCCGCCAUCCGGUGCUGCCUGACACCAGCCCAGCCGAGGCGCCUCCCGCAGCCCCACCGAGGCUGGCUCCUGGCCGGGACCAGCAGUUUGGCCCUGGAAGCGGACGUUCCUCUAUUACUGUGAAGUUUAUUUAUGAAGAAUUCAGAGAGAGAAGGCUGCGGGCCUCAGGAGGUGUCGGUGGUCCCCUGUCCCCUGACCCUCCUCCCUCAUCCAUGCAUCCCCACACCCUCACUCCCCUCCCAGAGCCUGCCCCAGCCGCACCCCUGCUUCCCAUGCCUGAGCAGACCAGCAUUUGCCCCUGGGAGGGAGGGCCAGCCGUGCUGAUGGACGAGCCUCCUCCUCCAAGCAGGCCAUUAUAAAGUGGAGCAAUCCACUCUAUUUUCUCAAUAAAACGGGACUGGUUUUCUCCGGUGUGACACUCCCUGCCACCAGCUCCAUUCCGGGGCUAAGGUAGCCGGGAGAUUUCCGCA